UGGAAAAAUAUGCUCUAAUCCCAUGCGUGUUUACACUUUAGAGGACACAACUUUUUCUCCCAUGCGAGAGUUCGCUGUCCCUUGAUCUAGAUUUUAAACCUUGAAACUUUUUGACUGUGUUUCUCAGCUAAGCUCGCUUGGAAGAAGCACAGUGAGUGAUCAUGGCGAUCAUAACAGAAGAAGAAGAAGAAGAAGAAGAAAAACCACACCAACUUAAACACCCACAGAUUCCACCGACCAAACCAUCAUCAUCAUCUUCAACCUCAAACACAACAGAACCAUUCUCUUUCUGGUUCUACUUUACUCUUUCCGUUUCUCUCAUCACCCUCACCUUCGUCUUCACCUCUUCACUCUCCCCACAAGACAGCAAAGCCUGGUUCCUCAGCUUACCGUCCACUCUCCGCCAGCACUACUCCCAAGGCCGCAUCAUCAAGGUGCAGACGCGUCCUAACCAACCACCCAUCGAAGUCUUCACCGUCGAAGAUGGCCCCACCACACCACCAGCAGCAUCGGAGAACGUGGUCAUUGUUCACGGCCAGGGUCUCAGCUCAUACUCCUACCGCCAAAUUCUCCAGUCUCUACCCGCCAAGGGGGUUCGCGUGGUCGCAAUCGACCUUCCCGGAAAUGGGUUUUCCGAUAAGGCCACGGAGGAAUCAAUUGAGGGGUUGGAUGGGGUUUUAGGGAGGUUUAGGUAUGUGUACAGUGAAAUUCAGGAGAAGGGGUUGUUCUGGGCGUUUGAUCAAAUGGUGGAAACUGGUCAGAUUCCGUAUGAACAAGUUCUAGCUCGGAUGGCGAAGAGGACGGUGAAGAAGCCGGUUGAUUUCGGUCCUCAAGAGAUGGGAAGAGUGUUGGGGCAAGUCAUUGAUACAAUGGGGCUUUCCCCUGUUCACUUGGUUUUGCAUGAUACAGCUUUAGGAUUGAGUGCUAAUUGGGUUUCUGAGAAUCCGGUUUUGGUGAGAAGUGUGACCCUUGUUGACACUUCACCUUCAAAUGUAGGUGCCUUACCCAUCUGGGUGCUGGAUUUACCUGUGAUAAGGGAAAUUGUUUUGGGGUUUCCUUUGGUUUAUGCAAAGGUGGUGAACUUGUGCUGUUCAAAGAGGAUUGGUGGUUCGGAUGCGGAUGCACAGAGGGUGCUGUUGAAGGGCAGGGAUGGAAGGAGAGCGGUUGUGGCUGUUGCGAAGAAUUUGAAUUCUAGCUUUGACAUUGCAGAGUGGGGUGGUUCGGAUGGAUUGAAAGACUUGCCAAUGCAGGUGCUCUGGUCUGCUGGUUGGUCUGAAGAAUGGAGUCGGGAGGGAGACCGGGUUGCUGAUGCACUUCCUCAGGCGACGAUUGUUACUCAUUCUGGAGGCCGGUGGGCUCAGGAGGAUGUAGCAGUUGAGAUAGCUGAAAAAAUUUCUCAGUUUGUCUUGUCGCUACCAAAGACUGUGAGGAAAGUUGAGCAAGAGCCCAUCCCAGACCACAUACAGGAGAUGUUUGAUGAAGCAAAAAGUAAUGGUCAUGAUCAUGAUCAUCUUCACCAUCACAGUCAUGGUCAUGGGCAUGAUCACCAUGGUGAUGCUCACGACCAUGGCGCUGGUUAUAUGGAUGCAUAUGGGCUUGGCCAUAGCCAUCAUGGUUUGUGAAAGUGAUAAUUGGAUUGUCCUGGAUAAUAUUCUCACUAGCAGAUGGCACUCUCUGCUUCAUAUUGCUCAAAUCAUAUAGAGUUCUUUAAGCUAAAGCCUUCAUGUUGUAUUCUAUUUAUUAUCUUAUUGUAGCUGUUUUACUUUCUCAAUUUCUGAAGGGUGAGAAGAUUAUGUACUAUGAAACUAGGAAGAGUUUGCAUGGGAAGUUGCUUGAUCUAACAAAAAAAAAGGCUGAUUACAUC